GAUGAGCGGGAGGCGGGUGGACGCCAAGGUGGUGCUGCUGGGGCAGGAGGGGGUGGGCAAGAGCAGCCUGGUGGAGCGCUGCGCCCACGGCCGCUUCCGCGCCGGGCCCUACCAGAACACGAUCGGAGCCGCUUUUGUGGCCAAGGUGAUGACCGUGGGGGACCAGACAGUGACCCUGGGCAUCUGGGACACGGCGGGCUCGGAGCGCUAUGAGGCCAUGAGCCGCAUCUACUACCGGGGAGCCCGCGCUGCCGUCGUCUGCUACGAUCUCACUGACAGCGGCAGUUUCCAGCGAGCCAAGUUCUGGGUGAACGAGCUGCAGAACUGUGAGGAGGGCUGCCGGAUCUACCUGUGCGGCACCAAGAGUGACCUGCUGGAGGAGGACAGGAGGAAGAGGGGGGUUGACUUCCACGAUGUGCAGGACUAUGUUGAUGAGAUCAAAGCAGACCACUUUGAGACCUCCAGUAAAACGGGCCAGAGCGUGGAUGAGCUGUUCCAAAAGGUGGCCGAGGACUAUGUCAACUUCUCCGCCUUCCAGGUGAUGACAGACCUGCCAGCAGCCUGCCGCUCCUGCUCUCUUCCAGAGGACAAAGGUGUCAACCUGGGCCAGAGGAACAGUCCCUACUUCUACAGCUGCUGCCACCACUGAGCCCCUGUGCCAAAAGGGAAUGGCUGCUGCUGGAGGGGCAGCUGGUGCGUGCUGGACUCCUGUGGUUUUUUACCCGCUGUGUUUUAGCUGUUUGGGCCUGUCUGCAGCACAGCCUACGGACUGUUCUGGCACACGGAGCGGCACAGGGCUGCCGUGCAGUGCUGGGAACCAUGGACUGUCACCCUGGGGACCCCCUCCCUGCCACCUGGGCGUUUGUGGGAGCUGUGGUGGCCCAGCGGUGGCCAGUAAUUUAUUCUCUCAGAGAUGCUCGAUUCUUUGCAGAUUUAUUUAAGCGUCUUCUCUCGAGGUGUACAAUGUAAAUAAAACGCGUUGUGGUCUGAGCCUGUCAGGGCUCUCCCUUCCCUGUCUCCCCCCACUCAGCAACACAAACCACAAGAGGACAUCAGAGUAAAGUUAAACUUUACUUUACAGUAAUUUUUCUUCUAUAUACAAAGAAUUACAGUACAUGUUCUGGGAGCACCUGGGCAGGGCAACCCUCUUUUCAUUAUAAGUUUCACAUACACAGCCAACAGUCUAAGGGGAGCAAAAUGAAAGUAAUCAAUGGUCCAAGACUCUCCCCUCUCCCUCUUCUAAAAAUAAUAUACAUGCUGGAAAUAUGUAGUUUUCUCUCACCUGCUCUGGCAUUCUUUCUUAAAACUGACAGACGACUCUUGGCCAGGGCUGAGCACCCCCUUGUCCCCCCUGCAGUGCUCCCACACUAGCCUCUGCCUUGGCUGGGAUCCUUGACUCCUGAUGUGUUUCCCCUCUACCUGAGCCUGCAGAACAGGACCCUGUGGGGGACCCCCAUUCACUGCCACUCUGUAGGCAGCAGACCUCAGAGGGGAAGAAAGGCAGCAUGGGGCUGCUCCCCACGAGAAACCACUCACCCACGGCUCCAGCACAACUUACACUGCUGCCAUGAUUGGCCCCCCAUGUCCCUGGGCAGGGAGGAAAGGGCAGUGGGCAGCCACCCUCCCCAGAGCCCUCAGCUAGCUGGCAGCCAGGACCCCAGCUAAGAGCACGCAGUGCUGGGAGGGUGGCAGGGCACAUUAAAAGCGAGGCACAGUGCCCAACACUGUCUCGAGGGUGAGCAGGCUGGUGGGGCAGUGAGCUCGGCACCACGGAUAUGCAGGGCUGGGAGUGCCACUGCUGAAAGGCUUCCACAGCCCCUCGCAGGGAAAGCCACUCCCUGCCUGCUCCCAACACCUCUCACUUCCCACCCACGCCGGCCCCGGGGCCACCCUCAGCUCCAGCCAUGCUCCACCUUGAGCCUCCCAGUGCUUGCUGCUUUUCCUUUUAACGAGUUCCCAGUGUCUAAAAAAAUACACAAAACCCAGUUCCUUGAAGUCAACAACUCGGAAACAUCAGAAAAAGAAACAAAAACUGAAACCAGCUCAGUACCAAACGGACACGAAGAACAUGCAGUAGCGGGUGCCUGCUUGCUUCACGUGGCUCUACGGGCUCCCCACGGGGCUCAGUGGCACACUGAUUUGAGUUUCAAAGCCACCAUAAACUGAAGGAACACUCUUUGUCCUGGUUCAGUCACACGUGCUGAAGCCCGGCCCCAGCUCCAGGGGGAUGGGAUCAGCUGGCCAAGAAGCCCCAGCCCAUGGGCCAGGAGCCCUGUGAGUCCAGCCCUACUGUGCUAAGCUGCCAACGGUUUACAAUAGCACCACAAUAGCCCAAGGGCUUUGCCAAGGGCAAACUUGAUUAAAACUUUACCUUGAAAUAGGCCAUAGCAACACCCAUUUCUCAGAUUUCCCUAGGAGGUAGAUUCAGUGCUGUAGGGACUGUCCAUCACUGCUGCUCCUCCAGCCCGAGCUCACACAAUCUGUCCUGUCCCCCUGGCACCAAACUUUGUUUACAUCAUUUUUGUAGGACCCGGAGCAGGAAUCUUGCAUUCUCCCAUCUCUUGCUGAGCAAGGGCACUGCUACCCCACAGGUGAGACUCCUGCUGAAGCCAGGCAAGUGGCAGAGCAGUCCCCGAACUCCAGUGUCCCAUGUCCCAGGUCCUGGGAGCCCCAAGCACCCAUCAGCCCAGCUGUGCUGCUGCAAGAGAAGCAGCCUCCCCUGCAAAUGCUGCCACCAGCGUUAUCACUAUCACAGGAGGGUGGGUAAUUAGCGCGGGCAAAGCCUGGGAGAUCAAACACAGUAUCCCCCCCACACUUUCAGAGUAGCUGCACGAUUUGCCACUUUGCUUUAACACUCACUGGCUAGCAAAGGCCAAAAGCCUCAUCAGUAAUUUAGGGCAAAGCACAUUACAAGCGGGUUACAAUUAUGGUUAUUCCAAACAUCAAGCAAAAUCAGAAGUUAAGGCUGAAAUAAAAAUAAACAGAAGGUGUCGAAGGUCUGAGGUUUCUCAAACUCCCCCCGCCCUGUAACAACAUUGGCUGUGGUGUCCAGACAGGGCACACCCACAGCGUGCUCAGGGCUAACAACUGAGCAUCAAGGUUAGGGCUGCUUUUUCUUCCUCCUUUUUUUUUUUUUUCUGUGAAACUAAGCCGAAGCUCUUCCAGCAAAUGCACUGUCUCACCUUAGUGAAGUUCUUUAAUGUCCUUUACAUUCAACCACCUCUCUUAUCUCCCAAAUUUUAACAUCAGCCACACCUUCAGAGCCUCUGCCUGCAGGGGUUUAACCCUGAAUUAACUCGUGCUCCCACGGCACCACCCAGAUGCUUUGUGUAUUGAAGUGACUCUGGUACCUGUGGAGCUUUUUUUUGUUAAAUAGGAAAAGUUUAACUGGAGAACAGCAAUAAAGCAAGCUACCAUGAGCUAAUUUGCAUCUGGAGACAUGCAGUAGGUGAGGUGAUUAUUCCUUACAGUGAUAACUCUCCUGCUAGGUUCACCAGAGCCCUGGCUGACAGUGGGCACUGGGGAAGAUGGGACAAGCCAUGCAGAACAGUGGCCUGUGCCUGCUCCCCUCCUGCCCACACAUCCCACAGGUCCUGUGGUGGCUCCUCCUCUGCAACCCUCAUCCCGACGGGCACAAGGCCCUGACCACGCUGUUACCCCUCAUCAGAGCUCCUCUGUCACCCAAAGGGCACCUGGGACUCUCCUGCCCACAGUGGAAAUCCAACACUAAAGUGGGUCCUGUGGUGGGGUGGAGGUUACAGCUGCUGAGCCCAGCCCACUGCUCUGAGCAGGGGCAGCAGUUAUCCUGGCAGAAGGAACAUUGACCAUACCAAAGUGUCAGGAGCAGAGCCUGCAUCCCCUUCAGAAAUGGGAGCCCACCAGGAAUGAGACUGGAAAACUCUUGAGCCAUUGUGGGACACCAGGGAAGGGACAGAGAUAAUUACACCCUUGAUUUUGCUUCUACAGUGCUCCACACCAGUGAAUCAACACAGGAGUCACCUCUCACCCACCUUGGGUGCAAUUAGGGCUGAGCCAGGACUAAGUGAGCAGGUGAUUGGAUCCCUCCAACACAGCAUCACAGCCUUGGCAUGGAGCUGUUGCACAGGUCUGAGCCCAGCACAAGGCUGCAGCAGUGUCUCUCCCAGAGUCUGCCAGGGGUAUGGGUUACUUUGCCUCUACCCUCUACUUUUAAAAUCUCCCAUGAUUCAAACUGGCUGAAUUCUGAAAGCAGCAAUGUACAGCAGCAAACAAACUCAACUGCUUCAACACAGACAUGUCCCUCUCGUCCUCCAAGGCAGUGCUGCCAGCUGCCACCACUGUGAGUCACCUUGAGUACAGAAGAUGCUCACAAUUCCUUCACAAGGGUUUUGCUGCCUGAAGCUGUUCCCCAACUCAUGCUCCCUGAUGAGGGCAGGCUGGACAAAGGCAGGGCUGCUGGGACCUCUCUACAGCUGGUCAGGCCUUGUUUACAUGACCCAAAACAGUCCAGAGACUCCCAAAAGCACCACUAUUCCCUCUGAAAAGCUCUCUUGAUCUGACAGAGCAUCACCCAGGGCUCCAGCAAGGGCAAAGAGGGAAGAGCAGCUUCCUGGCUUCCUCCUUCAAUCACCUUCCUUAACACCAGUUUUGCCAAGCAGUCUCCUAGCUACGCUGAACUCAACUUUCCAACAGUAGCUACAAGUAGCAAGCCAGAAACUGGAUCCUUGUGGAAAAGGGAGACAAGAAAAGAGACAGGGUACAGUAGCUGCAACAAAGCAGGCUGUGGGAAAUGCCAUGCAACAGUUUAAUCCAAGUUCACUGUUCCAAACAAGCUUUUGGGUAAGCACCUGCUGGCAUGAAAGGCGGCUGCUGCCGUGAGCCUCACCCUGCUACAUGAGCCCGCGAUUUAUAGAAGUGAUUUUUUUCAAACCUGCUCUUGUGAGAAUUCACUGAGAACUUCUCCAUUUUACAGAUUUAAAAAAGCCUGCACCAAAAAUAUUCACAGUUUAUUUUUUCAUGAAACAAGUAACUAGUUAACACGUGACAAUGCGAAGCGGAGGUGGACAGAGCAGUGCAGAGACCUCUCUGGUUACAGCGGGAGCUAGCUGGGCGCUGGCACUGAGGAAACCCUACUUACACAAUCUACAUGACUAAGUCCAGCUCAUGGGAAGGCUUAUAAAUGUAAAUUCAAGAUUUAUUUUCCUUCUCACACAUGAUAAAUACUUAAUAUACUGAACGUCAUAAUUUUUUUCUUAAAUUUUUGUUUAAAAACCUUAAUGAAUGCCCUUAAGGUAAUCUUCUCUCUCAAUGGAUCUGAGUUGUCCUGAUUCCCUUUGUGGAGGAGUCACGCAGGAAUGCAAGCUGCUUGCAUUUCCCUAGUUUCAGCAGCAAGCAGGAACUGACCUGCCAGUCUUCCCGGAAAAAAAAACAACAUUAAAGAAGUAAGUUUAACAAGUAAGCCAUAAAGCUUUUCCAAGUCGUGAGCUAUUCUACAAAUGAUCUGAAAUGAUUUGGACUAAAGCAGAGAUGCACCAUAGCACUGGUAAUGUCCCCUUGUGGCCAGCACACCCAGCCUUUACAGCAGGACGUUGUCUCGGGGUGCACACAUCAGGAAAGGAGAAUGGAUCGGGGUUUGUCUUGGUACAGGUGUCUGCCUCCCUUCAUGGAAAACUGCAAAGCUCAGGACUGUCUGCUCUGGGAGCAGCAGGCACUUGUAAGCCAGGUGGGAACAAGGACCUGCUCCCAUGUUGGAGGAAGGAGGUCAGCAUGGGGCUGAACUCUCCCUUCCUGGGGAGGGGCCUGCGGAUCUGCCUGAAAGGAGAAGGAUACACACACUGGAGCUGCGCAAGGGUCUGGCGGCGGCACGGAGAUCCAAGGCUGAGGCCCCAGACCGGUGGAGUUCAGGUAAUUACAGAGGUAAUGUGUUGUGAGAGUGGGAAAAAGCUGGGCAGCAGCGUUUCCUUGGCAGGACACCAACCCUAUCCAGGCCAGGCAGUGCCACCGAAGGAGGUCUGUCCUCCUCCUGCCUGCGAGGGUGAAAGUGGUUACAAGAUGCUGCAGAUCCCUGGGACUCUACUGCCUGCCCCACGAGCACCACAGCCAAACCAACUUCUGCCUCAACGCUUGAUUGAACUGGCUUUCAGCAGGCCUAGUCUGGACUCCAGCCCGAUGACCACCAGGUACUAAACAUUGCCUUCACUGUGAAAAGAAGAGGAAAAAAGAAAGCCAGCCAGCUGCUGGAGCCCACUGUGUUCCAGUGUGAGAACUACAAUUCAGUUGGAUGGAGGCACACGCGCACACAUGCACACCAACACAGUCCAGUUAAUUCAAGUCUCCUUCGGUUGUAGAAGAGUUAAGCCAGAAGUUACACAAGGGGAAGGAAGGUGUUGAGAUGGGUCCCGAUCCAGCUAGGGCAUCCUUGCCUCUGCGCUGUGCAGCGAGCAGGACAGGCUUGGCUUGCUGCUGG